UUCCUAUUCGCAACAAGACACACCAAGGCCAAACACUACAAUGAAGCUCUUUCUCGCGUGCUUGAGUAUGUUGCUCAACGUUGGACAUCCAACCUCGAUCACGGUGUCCACCUUGGCAGGGGGCACGGGGGAAGGCAAAAGCUAUAAAGACGGUACCGGCGCUGCAGCUACAUUUGCCUACCCCCUCGACCUACUUGUCACUCCUGACGGAAACAUCCUUGUCACCGACCCCUUUGCAUCCGUCGUGCGUCAGGUAUCAGCGUCGGGGGUGGUUACUACGAUUGCGUACCCUGGUAUCGGAACAGCACCUGUGGGGAUUUGUCGCGACGACCAAUCUGGGGCACUAUUCGUGGUCGACAAAGCAGGGCCAGUCUAUCGGUUCACACCGUCUGGCUCAGUGAUCACUAUCGACACUGCCAUUGUCAUUGCUGCCGGCCGUUUGGAUAGCGCUAUCCUCUGCGCAGCUUCCAGUUCGGCACUCUUUGUGACUCUGGAUUCGGGAACGAGUAUUUACAAGCUGGACCGCGCCACAGGUCUACUGUCGACGCUUCCUGCCAAACUACCCUCCGAUUCGAACACGGGGGGCAUCGUGCUUGGCCCUCAUGGGACCCUUUUUGUUGCACAGGGCAAUACCGUUCAAAAGAUCGCCGCCAACUUCUCAACCAUGCAAGUCUUUGCCCAGUCGACUUUGUGGGGCCAUGCCAAAGCGUGUACUCUGACCUACGAUGGAUUCAACGACAUAUUGUACGUCACCGAUGUGAAGAACGGUAUUUUUCAAGUCGACAGCACCGGGGCCGUCACCCCUUGGAUGGGGCAGCUCGGCUCUGGCUUUGUCGAUGGGGAUGUGUCCGUAGCAAAAUUCAACGGCCCAAGCGCCAUCGCGUUGUUCCGGGAUCCUCAAAACUCCACCGCGAACCAGUUUACGGCGUACAUUACGGAUUCAGACAACUACGCCAUUCGAAAGGUCGUCGUGGAUACAACGACACUUCCGCCCACGCCAACCCCGACGAAAAGUGCUGCAAGACCAACCACUUUCCAGAGCUACUUGGUUGCGCUCCCUCUCAUAGUUUGGAUGGUCUGCUGAAAUACAGUAUGAUGCAUUGUUCCCUGACAGCUUAACCAUCGAAAACGAAAUACAACUAGCAAAUCAGACCACUAGGUUUUAGUGUUCGAACCCAUUUACAAUAGUGAAAAUUCGAUUUGAA